AUGCAGCCCAACAUCUCCACGGAAGAUACGCCAAUACAUCUUUCAGACCUGGAGGCAUUUUCAGCGCUGCCACGAGCACAGUCUGCCGUGAGCAAGAGCCACUCGGAGGGCUCCAACAUCACUGAUGGCUCUGUUGCUUCGGACGCUUCCGAUGUGGCCAUGUCAGAAAUCUCCGCCGCCUGGUCGGCAGAGAAUUCGACCACCGGCGUCGGGGUGGACGAAAGCAGGGACACGAAGCGCACCAAGGACACAAAAGACUCCUCGGGCAGCAGAAAGAAGAAGAAAAAGAAGCACCGUACCACAAACUGCCAGAACGAAACGGUCGCAAUCAUCUUGAGGGAGUCCUCUCAAGGCAAGCUGAAGCGGUCGAGCGUUGAUAUUUGCGUGGAGUCGGUCGCUCGUUAUCUGGACCACGUGGCCGGGGCUCUCGUCCUGCUGAAUUCAGUUUUGCUUAUGCUGCAGCUGGAGAUGGAGGGUCGCCACAUCGCCCACAGUCUGGGACUUCACGCCGAACGCCAGAAUUUCGAUGGCAUACUGCCAACAUUCCAGGUGAUGGACAGCGUCUUCGUGUUUAUUUUCCUAGCAGAGCUCCUCAUUCGCAUUGUCCUGGAAAGGUGGAAGUUUGUCAAGGACAUUGCAAACUGGCUGGACUUCAUCCUGGUUGCCGGCGGACUGGUGGACAUGACUCUGACGUUGGCUCCAUCCGCUGCUCCAGGAGAUCAGGACAUGGUGACUUUGCGGUUCGUCUCGGCAUUGAAAGCUUUCCGUGCCAUUCGCAUGGUGAGGAGCUUCAGAUUCUCACCGGGCCUUCGCAUGCUCGUCAAGGCCUGCCAGUGCUGUUUACCCUCAUUGUGCUGGUCCAUGCUCCUCCUGGCUGUUUUCAUGUGUAUGGGCGCUUUGAUUUUGGGCAACUUACUGCAGGAUUUCAUCAAAGACGAAACCAGAUUGCUGGAGGAUCGCUUGUGGGUCUGGAAUCGCUAUGGCACCACAUACCGUGCUUUUUAUACCCUUUAUGAAAUAACAUUUGCGGGGAACUGGCCUUCGAACGUAAGGCCGAUCCUCGAGAAGGUGAGUCACGCCUAUGUGAUAUUCUACUUCCUGUACGUCACAAUUAUAGUUUUCGCUGUGAUCCGCGUGAUAUCGGCCAUCUUUCUCAAGGACACCUUGGACGAGGCGAACAAUGAUGCACAGCACUUGGUGCUCGAUAGGCUUCGAAAACGAGAAGCGUACGUGGAGAGGCUGGAAGGUUUGUUCAAUGCCAUCAUUGAUGAUGAAGGCCGAGAAGCAGGCAUCCUCACGGAGAAGCGACUUGCAGAGAUUCUCGCGAACCCGAGGGUGAAGGCUUACUUCUCCACGCUGGAGAUUGACGUUCAAGAGGGUGCCGCUUUGUUCCACCUUCUGGACAACGGCCACGGAGAGGUCACACUGGAUGACUUCAUCAGCGGCAUCAUGAGAUGUAAGGGCGCCGCCCGAGCAAUCGACACCUUUGCGCUUCAGAAUGAUGUCAAGCAGUUGGAUGCAAAACUGCAGAAGCUGCUGACUCAACUGAUGUCGAACCAAAUUGUCGUAGCCAAGGGCGAUUUGUGA